AUGGGGCAGUUCAAAUUCACUGUUCGACGCGACUCAGAAGACUGGAAGAGCAUCCAAGUUCUUACAAGUGAGGGCACUCAAAUGCGCCGCUACAUCACCAAGACCGGCCUCAUCUUUAUAGCUUUCUCCAAUUCGACGCCCGAGUUCAAUGAAUAUUUUCCCGGUCUUGAAGAGCUCCUUUCGACAGUUGACUUCACCACGUUUCCUUUUAGGAGGGGUCUUAAAUACACCGGCAAGUAUAAUUGGAAGACUCUGAUUGAUGGGUUCCAAGAGUGCCUUCACUGCUCCUUUGCACACCCAUCAUUCUCCAAGGUUUAUGCGCCAACUACAUACAAGGUUCUUAAUGAACAGCACUUCUCACGUCACCUAGCAGAAACAUAUUCUAAACGCGACAGUCCGAGCGAUGGUCUUUUUCUUUACUUUUUUCCCAACUCCACAUUGAAUUUGUACGGCGGUGGUAUCUCCUCGUUCCGGACCUGGCCGACAGACGAUCCCUCUCAAACUAUCAUGCAGUUCGACUACUAUCACAAGUCACCCGUCGAAACGCAGGAGUUUGAGAGUUAUUACAAAUUCGCUCGAACUGUAGCAACAGAGGAUAACGAUCUUUGCGAAAUGGCUCAGAUGAACCUGAAGGUGGGGGUUUAUACUGAGGGCAUACUGAAUCCAAAUAAAGAAAACGGCGUGAUCCGUAAGUGGGACAUCUCAUGA